GCCCCAUCUCGUUUUUUCCUUCGUCCGUUAGCAAGUGCCGAAAUCUGUCGAAGUUCUUGCUUUAUGCAAUUGAGGUGCUAAUAUUAGUAUUGUUUUUCCGUUUGCUGCUUGCUGAUAACAGUUUCUAGCCGAAUUCGGAAAUUAUUUUGUAAUCCGAUUCACACGGAAACGAUUGCAAAUCUAGUGCAUUUCUACUACUAACCACUCACCGCUCCAAAGCAUCACCAUGGGUCGUAAGUUCUGCGUCGGAGGCAACUGGAAGAUGAAUGGCGACAAAGCCAGCGUCACUGAACUGUGCAAAACGCUGUCCGCUGGUCCGCUCGAUCCCAACACCGAAGUUGUGGUCGGUUGCCCCGCACCGUACCUUUCGCUGGCCCGCUCGCAGCUGCCGGAAACGAUCGGUGUUGCCGCGCAGAACUGCUACAAAGUGGCCAAGGGUGCGUUCACCGGUGAAAUUUCCCCUGCCAUGUUGAAAGAUCUUGGCCUGGGAUGGGUCAUUCUGGGACACUCGGAGCGACGUGCCAUCUUCGGCGAAACGGAUGAGCUGAUUGCGGAGAAGGUUGCUCAUGCCCUUGCCGAGGGGUUGAAGGUCAUCGCUUGUAUCGGUGAGACGCUGCAGGAACGUGAAGCCGGCCAAACCGAGGCAGUGUGCUUCCGGCAGACAAAAGCUAUCGCCGCCCAGGUGAAGGACUGGACCAACGUCGUGGUCGCUUACGAGCCGGUGUGGGCCAUCGGUACCGGCAAGACGGCCACCCCGGAACAGGCACAGGAAGUGCACGCAGCGCUGCGAAAGUGGUUUACCGAAAACGUUUCUGCCGACGUGUCGAAUGCCAUCCGCAUCCAGUACGGUGGUUCGGUAACGGCGGCCAACUGUCGCGAGCUCGCGGCCAAGCCCGACAUCGAUGGAUUCCUUGUGGGUGGUGCCUCGUUGAAGCCUGAGUUCAUCCAGAUCGUCAACGCUAGACAGUGAAGCAGUCAGUCUCUCGAACCGUUUGUAGUGUAGCGGGGAGAUUCACGCAAUCGCCAUCGCCGGGUGUCGUCAUGUUUCGUCUUAUUUUAAGUUUCUCAUUAUGCUCGUUGUACACACGCACUGAACAGGUUGUUACGUUUAAGCAUCAAAACAAAGAAUAAUCUAUUCAAUAAAACCAUGUCUCAGUGAAAAUGUGCUGUAGCCGUA